CUGAGCUACCGGAGAGGGGUGGGCGUUCUAGGCGGGAGCUGCAUUUGCUGAGUUCUCUGGGCGGGACGCAGUCUCCCGACUGUUCUGGCGCCACUUAAAACUACUCUCUGCCGGUGUCGGGGGUCCUGUGUUCACGACCACCACGGAAUAGUUGAGGGCCCUGUUCGCUUCCUGCACGGAUCCAGCCCCGGCGUCCCCUCAGCAGCCGGUGUCGCCACUGGCGCCGCCGCCCGAGCGGCAGGCCGCUGCGGACCGCGGAGCCCAUGAAGGCUCGGGCCCCGCCGCCGCAGUGGCGGCGUCGCCGGUGUCUUGGAGCGAUCCAAACCUGCUCUGGCAGGACGGCGGCAUGAGCACGGACGGGGAGUCGCCGGAGGAGCCGAGGUGGAAGGCGGUGGCCUCACCCAAGGCGUCAGCCAUGCCAGAGAAGCGCGGGAGCGCUCAGGCCGCGAGCGGCAGCUGGCUACAAGGUUUUGGUCAGCCAAGUGUUUACCAUGCUGCUAUUGUCAUCUUCUUUGAAUUCUUUGCGUGGGGCCUGUUAACAACUCCAAUGUUGACUGUUUUACAUGAAACAUUUCCUCAACACACAUUCCUCAUGAAUGGGCUUAUUCAAGGUGUAAAGGGCCUGCUCUCUUUUCUGAGUGCUCCACUCAUAGGCGCUCUCUCUGAUGUUUGGGGCAGGAAACCUUUUCUCCUUGGCACAGUCUUCUUUACCUGCUUCCCUAUCCCACUAAUGAGGAUUAGUCCAUGGUGGUAUUUUGGCAUGAUUUCUGUAUCUGGAGUCUUCUCAGUCACUUUCUCUGUAAUUUUUGCUUAUGUAGCUGACUUCACCCAAGAGCAUGAAAGAAGUACUGCUUAUGGAUGGGUCUCAGCCACCUUUGCAGCUAGUCUGGUUAGCAGCCCAGCCAUUGGGACGUACCUCUCUGCAAACUAUGGAGACAGUCUUGUUGUGCUAGUAGCCACAGUGGUGGCUCUCCUAGACAUCUGCUUCAUUUUGGUAGCAGUUCCGGAAUCUCUAUCAGAGAAAAUUAGACCUGCUUCCUGGGGAGCUCAGAUUUCUUGGAAACAAGCGGACCCUUUUGCGUCAUUAAAGAAAGUUGGAAAAGAUUCUACUGUCUUACUGAUCUGCAUCACAGUGUUUCUCUCAUACCUUCCUGAAGCUGGACAAUAUUCAAGCUUUUUUCUCUAUCUCAGGCAGGUUAUAGGUUUUGGAUCUGUGAAAAUUGUAGCAUUCAUAGCUAUGGUAGGAAUUCUGUCCAUUGUGGCUCAGACAGUCUUCCUUAGCAAAUUGAUGAGAUCACUAGGGAAUAAGAACACCGUCCUUCUUGGCUUGGGUUUUCAGAUGCUCCAGCUUGCCUGGUAUGGUUUUGGAUCUCAGGCCUGGAUGAUGUGGGCAGCAGGAACUGUGGCUGCCAUGUCCAGCAUUACAUUCCCAGCAGUCAGUGCCCUCAUCUCUCGGAAUGCAGAGUCAGAUCAGCAAGGGGUUGCCCAGGGGAUUGUAACUGGAAUACGAGGGCUGUGCAAUGGCCUAGGCCCAGCACUAUAUGGCUUCAUAUUCUACAUGUUCCAUGUUGAACUGAGUGAGUUGGGCCCAAAAUUGAAUUCUGAUGAUGAUCCUUUACAGGGAGCUUUCAUUCCAGGCCCGCCAUUUUUAUUUGGAGCAUGUAUAGUUCUUAUGUCUUUUUUGGUUGCCUUAUUCAUCCCUGAAUACCGUAAAACCAGUGGAGUUCAAAAACAUAACAACAGCAUCAGUGGCAGCCUAAGCACACCCCCUGAACGGGGCAGUGAUGAGGACAUUGAGCCAUUACUGCAAGACAGCAACAUCUGGGAGCUUUCCUUUGAAGAACCUGGGAAUCAGUGCACUGAGCUAUAACCCAGUAGUAAUGGAGAGUCUGCAGACACCAUCUCUGAGAGCCAUAGAGGAAGCUGCACCACGUGGAGACUUCAUGGUGCUGGAGGGGCGAUGCUAGCAGCAUCCUUUGGGCCACGUUUAAUAAGUUACUCUUCCCAUACCUCUGCCCUUCACUCUUCUGUCUCUCUCUGUUCUUUUACUCCCA